AUGGAGCUGUCACAUGGGGGCGGCCCGCUGUUGGAGAGAUCGACAAGAGCGGUGGCGGAUGAGGGGGAGGAAGAGGAGGAAGAGGAGGAGGAGGAGGAGGAGGAGGAGGAGGAGGAGGAGGAGGAGGAGGAGGAGGAGGAGGAGGAGGAGGAGGAGGAGGAGGAGGAGGAGGAGGAGGAGAAGGGAAACGGGUGUGGGGUGGGGGGGUGGGUGGGGGGGUGA